AGAGUCUUGAAGUAUGACUAAGGACAGAAACCAGUAGCAGCACAGACAUCACCAAGUUGUGUGAUUAUGGAGAUGGUCUACCUGAUGCUGAAAAUGUAUCUAGUUUUUUGACAACGGCUAAAUAACCAUGGGGUCAAGCGGGCUUGGAAAAGCAGCAACAUUAGAUGAACUGUUGAGCACUUGCAUUGAGAUGUUUGAUGACAAUGGAGAGCUGAAUAAUAGUUAUUUGCCAAGAAUAGUUCUACUGAUGCACCGAUGGUAUUUAUCUUCCACUGAAUUGGCAGAAAAACUUCUCUGCAUGUAUCGAGAUGCCAGUGGAGAAAGCUGUGAUGAAUUUCGGUUAAAGAUCUGCUACUUCAUGAGGUACUGGAUUCUCAAGUUUCCUGCAGAGUUUAAUUUGGACCUUGGUUUGAUCCGUAUGACUGAAGAGUUCCGGGAAGUAACUAGUCAACUAGGGUAUGAAAAGCACAUCAGCCUCAUCGACAUAUCCAGCAUUCCUUCCUAUGACUGGAUGAGAAGAGUCACACAGAGGAAAAAAGUAUCCAAGAAGGGAAAAGCCUGUCUGCUGUUUGACCAUCUGGAGCCCAUUGAAUUGGCUGAGCACCUCACUUUUCUGGAGCAUAAAUCUUUUAGAAGGAUCUCAUUCACUGAUUACCAAAGCUAUGUCAUCCAUGGCUGCCUGGAGAAUAACCCAACCUUGGAGAGAUCUAUUGCUUUAUUUAAUGGAAUCUCUAAGUGGGUCCAGUUGAUGGUUCUUAGCAAACCAACCCCCCAGCAAAGGGCAGAAGUCAUUACAAAGUUUAUCAAUGUUGCCAAGAAGCUCCUCCAGCUCAAAAAUUUUAACACUCUAAUGGCAGUGGUGGGAGGCCUUAGUCAUAGCUCCAUUUCACGCCUCAAGGAGACCCAUUCUCAUCUUUCUUCAGAAGUUACAAAGAACUGGCAUGAAAUGACAGAGUUGGUCUCCUCCAGCGGUAAUUACUGCUGCUACCGCAGGGCCUUUGCUGACUGUGAGGGCUUCAAGAUCCCCAUCCUCGGCGUGCACUUGAAAGACUUGAUAGCGGUCCAUGUCAUUUUCCCAGACUGGACGGAGGACAACAAAGUGAACAUUGUAAAAAUGCACCAGCUCUCCGUGACCCUCAGUGAACUGGUGUCCCUGCAGAAUGCCUCCCACCACUUAGAACCCAACAUGGAUCUGAUCAACCUACUCACGCUUUCUCUGGACCUCUACCACACAGAAGACGAUAUUUACAAACUGUCACUGGUGCUGGAGCCUAGAAAUUCUAAAUCGCAGCCUACCUCCCCUACAACGCCCACCAAGCCUGUGGUGCCCCUGGAGUGGGCUUCAGGAGUGAUGCCGAAGCCAGAUCCCACAGUCAUCAACAAGCACAUAAGGAAAUUAGUUGAGUCUGUGUUUAGAAACUAUGACCAUGACCAUGAUGGGUACAUCUCCCAAGAGGACUUUGAAAGUAUAGCUGCCAAUUUUCCCUUUUUGGAUUCCUUCUGUGUGCUGGACAAAGAUCAGGAUGGCCUUAUUAGUAAAGAUGAAAUGAUGGCUUACUUCCUGCGAGCUAAGUCCCAGUUACACUGUAAAAUGGGACCGGGAUUUGUCCAUAAUUUUCAGGAGAUGACCUAUCUCAAGCCAACCUUCUGCGAACACUGUGCAGGAUUUCUCUGGGGCAUAAUCAAGCAAGGAUACAAAUGCAAAGGUAAAUAAAUGUUAUUUGGUAAAAUUUUAAAAUGGGACAUGUGGGGCAGGAAUCAAAUUGUCUGAUGAAACCACAAAAACUCUUGGCAUCAUGGAGAACUCGGCUCUUUGGACCACUGGCAACUGAAGAGGUAAUGUGUCUAGGAAAAAAAAAAAAAAAACCUAGAGUUUUGGAGAGCCCCAACUGGAAUUUUAUAGUUUGUUGUGAGAGCAAGAAAACCAUCCUUAUCAAGCCACAUACAUGUGGCCCCAUCUCUAGGAUGUCUUGUGAAUCAUCAGCACACAAUUAGGGUGGGAACUCUGGAGUGGGACAGGCCUAACUAAAAUACCAUAUGAAAGAACCUUGUCCUUCAUGGGAAUAAGCACACACUCAUUCCCGUAAUACAUAUGCCUUUCCGCUCUCACAGGUAGCUUUUCCUUUCUCCACUAAAUCACAGAUGAUGAUUAAAAAAAAGGAGAAGCCUUAAAACUUAUUUUUGUCCCUUUCAAUGAAUUUGUUCAUAUAGUUCCCCAUUUAAUUGAAAUUUAUAAACAAAUAAGUAUGUACUUGAUAAAGGCAAUACAUAUGCAUAUUAAUAGGCACUUAGGACUGUGUUGUUACUUAUGCAUGUAUGAUCAUUAUAUAUUAUUGGUGUUUAAUUUAAGAAAUUGCUGGAUAGUUUAUGCAGACUAUUUGUACUGAUGGUUUUAAGAAUCCGACAAUGCUCUUAAAAGAUAUAACUACAGAAGGAAACUUCUUCAUCACAGAAUGCCUUCAGAUUAAUACUAUUCCCUUAUGGUGUCUUUUUUUUUUUCUAGCUAUCUUUUAGGCUUGGGCCUCCUGUCGUAUGAACAGAGUUCCCUGAAGCUAGAUGGGAGCCACCUUUUAGUCUCAAAAACCUUCCCUUUAGUUCCUGGUAUUAGUUGUCUGAGUGUAACUUGGAUUUUUACUUUCAAGCAGCAAAAAUACUGCACUAUUUUACCACCUAGCCAUAGUUUUAUUCUCGCUUCUGACCCUUAGCCUCUAAAAAGACACACACACACAUACACGCAUGCACACACACAUAUAAACACACAUUUAUGGAGAUGAAAAUCAAUUAAGCCCUUGGAUCAGCUGUGUGUAUACGUAUUUUCUCUUAAAGGCAAUGGAAUGAAAAACUUAAUUAAAAUAGACUGAACAUUUCAUUUUAAUUUAGUCUUUCCAUGAUGUCAUUACAAGAGCAUUUGAAAUAAGACCAUUUGGGGGAAAAGCAAGUAUCUGAAAGAAUUAGAAAGGUCCUGUUUGAUAGUGAGAGAGAAAUAUGUUCUUUAAAAUGAUCCUGUCUGGGGCA